AUGGAGCUCACAUAUUCACACGCUAUUGACGAAAACAUCCCUAUCGACCAGUUUCCCAAAUUCUUCGAGGACGCGAGACUAAAUUUCGCUGAGAAUAUGCUGUGCGGAGAUGAGGAUCGACUCGCCAUCGUCGACAUGGACGAGCAAUGCCUCUGGACGCCUCGAAAGUAUACAUGGACGCAGCUUCGAGAUCUUGUCUCGGUGUACUCCUCUGGUAUACGUGCCGCAGGACUAAGGAAAGGGGACGCCGUCACUUUGAUAGGAGGAAACUGUGCACGUUCGCUGGCGCUCCUCCUCGCAACUGCUUCUGUAGGAUGCGUAUUUUCCUCCUUUGCCACAGAUAUUGGAGAAAAGGCAUUGAGUGAUCGACUUGUUCAGCUCGAACCCAAGCUCCUUUUUGCAGAAUCGACGUAUUGGUAUAAUGGUAAAAAGGUCGAUAUCUCAACCAAAAUUGAUAGCUGCACGAGCAACUUGUCCAACUCGUGCGCAACAGUCAUUAUCGGAGACACAAGAAGGGUGAAGAGUCGAUGCACUAGUAUCGAUGACUUUAUCAAGAAAGCGCCCAAGUCACCUCUCAAGUUCGAACAGGUGCCCUUCAACACACCACUUGUCGUGAUGUUUUCUUCCGGUACAACAGGAACACCUAAAGGCAUCGUUCACUCACAUGGUGGUCUUGUGUUGAACGGAUACAAGGAACAUAAGCUCCACAACGGGUUUGGACCCGAGGAUGUGCAUUUCCACUUCAGCAAUAUCGGAUGGACCCUCUGGAACAUAUCGAUUGGCGCCCUCUUUUGCAAAUCUACCAUGGUUCUAUAUGACGGUUCACCAUUCUACCCCAACCCCGACGAUUUUCUCAAGGCAGUUUUUGCCAACGGUGUCACCGCUUUCGGUGCUGGUCCACGAUACUACGAUGAACUUCAGAAACGAAAUGUCAAACCUAGAAAAUACGCAAACGACCUUCACACCAUCUUCUCCACCGGUGCCGUCUUAACGCCUGCUCUUGCAACCUGGCUCAUCGAAGCGUUCGGACCGGUGUGCCAGAUAGGGUUCUCGGGAGGCACCGAGCUCUGCGGCUCUUUUAUGCACGGCACACGUUCUCUACCUUCCUACCCUGGCGAAAUAUCCGUCAAGGCACUCGGCAUGGACAUUGCCGCCUUCUCACCCGACGGCACACCGGUCCCGGAAGGGGAGGCAGGUGAGCUCGUGUGUCGAAAACCGUUUCCCAACAUGCCUGCCAUGUUUUUACGGGAUCCGGACAAGAAACGGUAUCACGCGGCGUACUUUGAAGGAUUUCCACACGUAUGGACACAUGGGGACUUCAUGAGAGUCAACCCUGAAACAAACGGGAUCUACGUCCUGGGACGAAGCGACGGGACCCUCAAUCCGUCCGGCGUCCGUUUUGGCAGUUCCGAAAUCUACAAUAUCUUGUCCACGCCAAAAUUCGCCGACGACAUUGCCGACUCCAUCGUCGUGGGUCAACAGCGUACGUCACCGUCGUUUUCUGACUCGACGGAACGUGUUUUGUUGUUUAUCAAGUGUCGGUCUCACGACGACAAUACAACUACCACCACCACAUCUCUCUUUCCGCCGAGGGACCUCGAUCGACGUAUUCGAGAACAAAUAGCCACGGACCUCACUCGCCGUCACGUCCCGUCUCACAUUUUUCAAGUCGCCGAGAUUCCAUAUAAUGUCAACGGCAAGAAGAUGGAGAUCCAAGUCAAGGCGGUGGUCAACAGUGGGGCGAGCGCCACGACAAAACAGAGACUCAACCAGCAGGAAGUGGCCAUGUUGAAACAAUUUGAGAAAUUUCAUCAUCUGGAAAAGUUGUUGGAGAAUGCAAAGGCAGAGGGGGUGAAGGCCAAGUUGUGA